AUCGCUUUUCUCGAUGCGAAUUGUCGAAAUAUUUCUGGCUUGAUAUUCUUCGUUUCGUCUGCUUCAAACAAGUCUUGGUACCGUUGAGAUGAGCUCGAAUGUCAGGUCGCGGCUGCGUCUGUUGUUCAUUGACGCUAUCUUAGCGUCGCUGCUCUUCUCAUCCGCAACACAAGCUGAACUCUUUCACACUGCAUCAAGUUUAGCAGUUCAGGAUGGGUUCAUCAACACCGCCCCGACAACGUGUCCAGUCGCCCAGGACGGUUAUACAUCUAACACCUUUCCGUGGACGCACAAUCCAACGUGCGUAAACGUGGUCCUUCCGAACGAUGAUGGAGAAGGGCUCGGCAUUCAUCAAACCUUCUGCGCAUACACAAACGUCAACUACAACAACGGCCGAGGAAUCAGUUUUGUUGUCACUCCGGAGGUCGCAGCGAGUAUCACCAGCGAAACGUUUGGUAUGACUGUCGGCGGCUUGGAAGGUCAGGUGGGAAGCGAGAUUGGCACGUGGGAAGUCAAGGAAACUAAAGAGAUGGGCAAAGGGGUGUUUGCGAGAAGAGAUGUUGCUGCAAUAUUCGCGGGCGAGAGUUUGAUUAUCAAUACGCCAGUGCUGUUCAUUUCGAAACAAUUACUUGAAACACCGUCGACGUCUCGGAGGCAGCUCGUGCUGCACAAGGCGGUCGAGCAGUUGCCCGAUAAGACGAGAGAGGUGGUCAAAGAGCUAGCCGUGUCUCGAGAUGGAGGGGUCAAAGAUAUCAUCCUGACAAACGGAAUUACGGUGAAGUGGCCGUGGGCUGAUGAGGUUCCGGAAUUGUUAGCUAUCACACCUGAGGUCGCUCGCAUCAAUCAUGCAUGCCGUCCGAAUGCAUUGUGGCGGUUCAACGACUACACCCUAGCCUUCGAUGUCUUCGCUCUUAAGGACAUCAAAGCAGGCGAGGAAAUAACCUUAAGCUAUGGACUGGAAACACGCUCCCAUAGGCGGCGCGUCAAGUCCAUUGAAGCCAAUUUUGGCUUCACCUGUGGCUGCCCAUUGUGCACCGCUGAUGAGGCCAUCAUCGAAGAGUCCAAUGACCGUCUAAGUGAAAUCAAGUCACUUAAGUCUGUGCUGCCGACCGACGAAAAAGACAGUCCCCAGCUCCUUGCUCUCCUCCCCCCUCUCAUCUCCACACUGGAAAAAGAAGACCUACACAAUCAACUUCCGAUGUAUGAAGAGAUACUUGCGUACACUUGGUCUAGUUUCGGCAUAGAGGAUCGAGCAAAGUACUGGGCUGGACGAGCGAGGAAGCACUGGGCGAUUAUUGCUGGCAAGGAGAGCUGGGAGCAGAAGAGAUGUGGGGAUUUAGAAGCUGAUGUCAAGUCACACGCUACGUGGAUGACUUGGGAGGGAGAUCCCUGGGAGGGUGUAGGAGAAGGGCAUCCUUGGGACGACAAAGAAGGCGAGAAGCAUGAUCAUGACCACUAGCAAUGUGAUCAUGAUUAGUAUCGAGGAUAUUACAAAGGAAUUAGCUUUUAUAUGGAAUGAUGAGGCUUAUUCAGUAAAUAACCCCCGUUAGUGUUUAACGUUACACGUCUCGCUACCUACUUCCAACCCUGGUCAGCUUC